CGGCCGGAUCCGAUCUAUCUCCGGAUGAGUAUAACAUCCGGGACGCAUAUAUAGAGUCGAAGAACACCAGUUUAUAAUCAAUGGCUACGAGCCCAGACCUAUCCAAAACCAACUACACACGCUACACUUGACAACAUGCACGUACUGAUCAUCGGCGGUAGUGGCCGUUGCGGCCGACUCGUCAUCGACGAGUUACUCCGGAGAGGACACACGGUUACAGCACUAGUCCGCGAUCCAGAAGCCAUGGGCGCACCACGCCCCAAUCUCCAUUUCAUCAAAGGCACCCCCACUCAUCUUCCCGACAUCCGUACCGCAUUCCGCGCCGCAGCAGCAGCAGCAACAUCCCUCGCCCUAGCAGCAGUCAUCGUCACGCUCAGCGCUCCCCGAACAAGCGACAGCCCCUUUUCUGCCCCGCUCGGCCCCCCGCUGCUGAUGGCCGACUGCAACGCCAACAUCGUGCAAGCCAUGCAAGAGUUCGGGGUGCGCAAGACCGUCAUUCUACAGGCGUGUGGCGUCGGAGCUUCCUGGAAGAACAUGCCCUGGCUGCUACGGCUACUGAUGGGGAAGACGAACAUGGCGUACCAGUAUGCGGAUCAUAAUGAGGUUGAGCGUCGGGUAAGGGGCAGCGGGGUGGGUUUUGUGUUUGUGCGGCCCAUGCGGCUGACGGAGGGUGAUGAUGUUGAUACAGAGAAGGUGAAGAUCUGGGAGAAUGAUGGACAGGGAGUGCCUUUGAUGGGCAGUAUUAGUCGGCGGAGUGUGGCGCGGUUUUUGGUGGAUGUGGCGGAGGGGGAUGAGUGGGUGGGUGCAGCGCCGGUCAUUACUAGCAGGUGA